AGUUCUGCAAGCUAGAUCCAAAAUUAAGGUGUCAGCGAUUCCACUCUGAAACCCAUAGUGGAAUCCUUCCUUGCCUCUUCCUAGCUUCUGGUGGUUCGCAUCUUUUUGGUCUUUGGAGUUGCUUGGCUUGCAGCUGUGUAAUUUCAAACCCUACCUUUGCCAUCACACUGUGUUGUCCCUGUGUUUAUCUCUCUUCACAUGGGUCAUUUCACAUGGAUCGAUGGGAAAACAAUAAAGGCACAGAUAUGGGACCCUGCAGGGCAAGAGCAAUACCAAGCUAUAAUAUCAGCACCCUAUCAUGAAGCUGUAGGUGCCUUAUCGGUCUAUGUCACUGCUAAGCAUCUCACGUAUGAAAAUAUAGAGCAAUGGCUGAAGGAACCAAGAGAUCACAGCGAUGGUAACAUUGUUACCAUGUUUGUGGGCAAUAAGAGUGAUCUGUGUCAUCUCAGGGCAGUUCCUACAUGUGAAGCAAGAGCUUUUGCAGAAAAGUAUACCUUACCAUUCACGGAGACAUCUGCUCUAGGCUCUUCAACUAUAGAAGCUACUUUUCAGACAAUCUUGACAGAGAUAUACCAAAUUGUUUCCUGGAAGCAAAUGUCAGACAGACAUGAAAAUGAUGUGUCUCCAAGCAACAGUGUGGUUCCUGUUCAUGUUCCACCCACCACUGAAAACAAGCCAAAGGUGCAGUGUGGUCAGAAUGUAUGAGGCAUUUCUCUUCUCCCCUAGAAGGUUGUGUGUAGUCCAAU